GCUUCCCUAUACAUAUAUGCAGUCCACGUGUUCGAGCCGUGUCCUUGUGUUGUCUACCGCCGGAUUCUGACCCUAAACGGCGACGUUUUGCUGGGGUGGUUUUGAUGAGCAGGAAUUGAGUCCGAGUUGAUUCACUGCUCUUCUACACAAGGCCUGUGGAAAGAUGAAUAAGGAGAAUACAAAUGCUGCCAGAGCUGAAGAGCCUACUGUUCGAAUGACACGAGCACGGGCUAAAGCCUUUGGUGCAUCAGUGGAGGUGGUUUCCUCCACGCAACCUGUUGUUAAACAAGGCCAGAAGCGAGCUCUUCUAGCGAAUUCCAAAGCUGGAACUUCUGUAGUUUCCACCAUCGGCUUGCAGCAUAAAAGAAGGGCGGUGCUUAAAGAUGUAACCAAUCCAAAUGUGGACCGGGAUGAUGCAUCUCAUGUUCAGGCCGUAAAGCAGGCCAAAAGAGGGCCCGGAAAGAAUGUGAAGGUAGCUUUGAAUUCAAGCGUUGCUGAAGAUUAUCAAGAUGACAUAAAGACUAAGUUGGCUGAGGAAUUAUCCAAAAUAAGGAUGGCUGAACCACGAGAGAAGUUGGAAGUGAAAGAAGAGCCGUUGGCCCGGAGCAUGUGUCAUGACUUGAGACAACAAGGAGGAGCAGAUGCAAUGCUUCCGAGACAUCAUCCCAUAAAACUUGCUGAGCUUCAGAUGCCUCAAAAGAAAGAAGAGAAUGCAACCUGCGAGAGAUUGAGAUCCUCAAAUGACUUGCCCAUUGUAAACAUUGACAAAAACUUGAAAGAUCCUCUAGCAUGCAGUUUGUAUGCCCCUGAUAUAUACAGCAAUUUACGGCUUACAGAGAUAGAGCGACGACCAUCAACUAACUAUAUGGAAAGCUUGCAACAAGAUAUCACUCCAAGCAUGCGAGGAAUAUUGAUUGAUUGGCUUGUGGAGGUUUCUGAAGAAUAUAAGCUGGUUCCUGAUACACUUUACCUGACAGUGAAUCUCAUCGAUCGGUUUCUCUCACAGAACUUUGUUCAAAAGCAAAAGCUCCAGCUGCUUGGAGUCACUUGCAUGCUAAUUGCCUCGAAGUAUGAAGAAAUUGUUGCACCACGAGUGGAAGAAUUUUGUCUCAUCACAGAUAAUACUUACUCAAGAGAAGAGGUAUUAGACAUGGAGAGUGAAGUACUAAAUUUUUUGCACUUCCAGCUAUCUGUUCCAACCACAAAAACAUUUCUUAGGAGGUUUAUUCAAGCGGCACAGGCUUCUUAUAAGGCUCCUUGUGUUGAAUUGGAGUUCUUGGCAAACUACUUAGCAGAGUUAACUAUUGUUGAAUAUGGUUUUUUGAAAUUCCUACCUUCCGUCGUAGCUGCCUCUGCUGUGUUCCUUGCCAGAUGGACACUUAAUCAAUCAGACCAUCCAUGGACCCCGACUUUAGAACACUAUACCUCUUACAAGCCCUCAGACCUCCAAACUUCAGUUAUUGCACUUGAAGAAUUGCAACUAAACACCAGAGGCUGUUGCUUAAAUGCUAUAUGCGAAAAGUAUAGACGCCAGAAGUUCAAAUCCGUGGCUACAUUGACAUCUGCACAAAAGGUUGUUCACUCUUUUGAAGAUCAACAAUUUGCUGACUCUUCUAAAAGGCCUGAGGACUAGAAGCAGUACAUUUAACAGUCCAGUACUUCGAUGGCGAUCCAGAUCUCUAAACUGAAAGUUACAUUGACUUUCCAUCUAACUUUCUGGCCGUCCUCCUUUGUCAUUAUAUUAUCUCAUUCUGGUGCUUCCAGAUUUCUGUUUGUAACAUCAUUGUUUUAGGACAGACCUGAUCAUGUUUGUGCCUUUCGGCAUAAUAAUUUACUAAAAUUUCUCAUCUCAGCACAUGGGAAGUUCUAAGAGCAUUAUGUGCUGGGUUGCA